UCAUUGACUUGAGUCAAUUGAUUACCAUUGAAGGCCAAAACAAGGCCACGUAUCAGAUAAUAUUUUCAAUUAAUGAUCUUAUUCCUCUUAUAAAUAAAUCCAAAAGAAGCAAGAAUUUUAGAGGAGACCAAAGAAAGAAAGCCAAGCUAAAGAGACGCAGAAAUUAAGUAAUCAAAGAGGGAUGGAGUACUCUGCUAUCUUUGUGAAGGAUUAUACCCUAGUAGAUGACCAAAGUCCACUGCUUCAUCAAGCUACAAAAGAUGAGGUAGGAAAGGCGAUGAAAAGAGAUCAUUUAAUCGAGAUAAAUGAAACAAAUGAUCAAGAUCAAUUAGGGUUACACGCAAAUACCAAACCUUGUACCAUAUUUAAAGUAAAUGUGGGGCUACGGAAAUCAAAUCCAGAUGCUUAUACGCCAAUGUUGAUCUCCAUUGGUCCUUACCAUUAUAAGAAUCCAGAACUUGGUUCGAUGGAGAAGUACAAAUUGUUGUACCGACGACGGUUUUUGCAGCGGAAAGCGGGGCUUGACGAGGAAAGUUGCAUUAGUGAAAUUGAGAAAAUGAAGUAUGAAGUACUAAAUUGUUAUGACAAUAUAGAGGACCUGGACAUUGAUAUUAUUAGCAAAUUUUCAGAAAUAAUUUUUCUAGAUGGAUGUUUCGUGGUUGAGUUUAUUCGAGAGUAUCGUGGAAUGAUUCCUGAAGGAGAAGACCGAAUUAUAAACAACAAUUAUAUGAUAAACCUUGCAUGUCGAGACUUGUUGUUACUAGAAAACCAACUUCCUUUCUUUGUUCUCACCAAGCUUCAUUACAUGACAAAGGAAGUUGAUGAAAUGCCAUUCGCAAAACUGGUGAAGGACACCUUUUCUAAAUUACCAGAGAUGGACCCUGCAUCCUAUUUUGCAUACUAUCUAGAAAGUCAUGCGGAAAACAUCACACAUUUGCUUGAAGUAGUACACAUGAAUCCUCACCCUUCAUAUUGGUAUCCUCACCCCUUUAAAAAGUGUGGUAAUAAGAACACCCAAACAUGGCAAGCCAACAUGCCGAAUGCAACAGAGCUUUGUGAAGCAGGGGUUAGAUUUUCAAAAGUUGGAAAUAUUUAUAGUGACCUUGGAGAUAGCACAACUUUAUUUGAUAUUAAAUUUAAGAAUGGACAUAUGAAAAUUCCUUGUUUUGAAGUUGAUGAUUACACGGAGAUCCCCUUUAGUUAUAGUGACCUUGGAGAUAGCACAGCUUUAUUUGAUAUUAAAUUUGAGAAUGGACAGAUGAAAAUUCCUUGUUUUGAAGUCAAUGAUUACACGGAGACCCUCUUCAGAAAUCUCGUCGCUUAUGAGCAGCAGUCAUGUGACGUACAUCCUAAAUGUUUCAGUGAUUUUGCAGCAUUCAUGGAUUAUCUUAUUGACUCAGACAAAGAUGUGAGUUUGCUUCGCCGAAAAGGAAUCAUCAGCAACCAACUAGGAGAGGACAAUGAAGUAGCUAACAUCUUCAAUAAAAUUGGACAAGGGAUCAUCUUCUCAACGGACUUCUAUUACAAAGACCUAUGUAGAGCAGCAAUUCAACAUUCUGAAAAACCAUGGAACCGAAUAAUGGCAAAUUUGAGAAGCAAUUAUUUUCACAGUCCUUGGGCGGGAGCUUCAACUGUGGCAGCCAUCAUACUCCUCUUACUCACAGCUACGCAAACAGUUUUAUCUUUCAUAAGUCUUUUUAAGUAAUCGUUUUAAUUGUAUCCCAUAUUUUAUUUGCUUUACUAAUCCUGCUACUCUGGCUCUCGUCACUACUCCAUUCAUGUAUAUAAAUUGUGUUUUGAUGGGAUUAA